CGAGAGGACUUUGAACCAUUUAAUAAUCUGCAGAUCAACAAGGAACAGGCUCCUUCAGCCAUGGGAGUUGUGUGUCCAGCAGGUCGGGUGACAUGCAGUAGAUUAAAUAAAACUUACUGAAAAGAAAGACAAAUACAAAUCUCUACUUUAUGAGGAUAUGAAUUGUGUUACCACCUGCACUGAGCAGUGUUGAGCUUUGGCAUACUGCUGGGCAACGGCAACAGACUGUAAUCAGAAGCCCUUAAUGCCCAGCGCAAAGUCAAAAUGUUGUUUUCAGCAGCCACUUGGACUUUGCUGGCUGUCUUUUUCACCCUGUUGUUGCUGUACAGUGUUUGGCCAUUUAGGUUUUUCAAACAACUGGGAGUGCCUGGACCGAGACCAUGGCCUUUUUUUGGCACACUGCUCUACCUCAGAAAGGGAGUGAAUGCUUUUGACCGUGACUGCCAUGCCAAGUAUGGGGAUGUAUGGGGGUUGUUUGAUGGACGAUCAAAACUGUUAAUGGUGACAGACCCUGAGAUUAUUAAACAGGUGUUGGUGAAAGAGUGCUACUCUGUGUUUACCAACCGCAGGGAGAGUGUCAUGAUAGGAGAAUUGCAUGAUGCAGUUAUUUCAGUUAAAGAUGAAAAGUGGAAAAGAAUUCGGAGCACCUUAUCACCAUGCUUUACCAGUGGAAGACUGAAGCAGGUUUUUCCCAUCAUUGCUCGCUACGCGGACCAACUUGUAAAAACGCUUGAAAAGACAGAUCUGAGUCAACCCAUCGAUGUCAAACAAUUUGUGGGACCUUACAGUUUGGAUGUUGUGACCAGUGCGUCUUUCAGUGUUCAGGCAGACUCCAUAAACAAUCCUGACGACCCAAUUAUUGUACACAUUAAGAAAAUUCUCAACUUCAACUUUCUGUUUGUUUUUCUCCUGUUUAUGUUUCCGUUUGGUGUCCGUCUGAUGGAGCUCCUGAAAAUUGACAUAUUUCCCACAGCCAGUAUUAACUAUUUCUACAACAUCAUCAAGAGAUUCAAAGACCAGCAUCAUGCAGAUGAAUCUAUGCAUGGAGACUUCCUGCAGGUGAUGCUUCAAAAUGAGAUACCGGAAUCAGAGAUAAAGAGUGAACAAGAUCAGCCAAGUAAAGGUUUGACUGAGCACGAGAUUCUUUCCCAGGCUCUUAUAUUCAUCUUUGGUGGCUUUGAUACCACCAGUACCACUCUCGCUCUCGCCCUUUACAACCUGGCCAUCAACCCUGAGGUGUUGCAGACCUUGCAUAAAGAAAUCGACGCCAACUUUCCGAGAGAUGCUCCCAUCACAUACGAGGCUCUGAUGGGUCUAGAGUACCUGGACCAGGUUCUUAAUGAGUCUCAGCGUGUGUUGCCCACUGCCCCUCGGCUUGAGAGGCUGUGCAAAAAAACUAUUCAGAUCAACGGCCUCACCAUCCCUGAAGGAACCGCGGUUGGGAUUCCUGUGCACUUGUUGCACAAGGACCCGCGCUACUGGAGCUCACCUGAGCUUUUCAAACCAGAGAGGUUCAGUAAAGACAGCAGCGAGGAUGUGAACCCAUACGCCUACAUGCCGUUUGGGCUCGGCCCUCGUAACUGCAUCGGGAUGCGUUACGCCAUCCUCACCAUGAAGAUGGUCCUCGUCCGUCUCCUGCAGAGUUACACUGUGGAAACAUGCAAAGACACCAUGAUUCCGCUGGAGUUCAACUGGAGGUUUCAGCCAGUAAAGCCUGUAAAACUCAACUUUGUUCCCAGACUGCAACAGUAGUCCAAGAGAGGCAUCCAGGAAUCUACCUUGAUUCAGAAUUCAUGUUGAACUAAUUAUUGUGCAGUUGUUUCAGACAUUUAAAGCAAGUGUUCAUCCUACUGAAACUGUUGUUAACUCACUGCACCUUAAACACCUGAUUUUUCUUGCAAUGUCGAUGAAUCACAUGUGUUUUAUCCACACCAGUGCUUUUCUAUAAAUGAUCUUGAAUGUGUGAUUUUAUCGAAUCCUAGUUUGUGAAAUGUAAGAAAUCUUUUCUUUGUAUUGUAGUACGUUCUGCUGUUAAUGAAUGAUUCACCUCCAGUGUCUUUUGUUAAAAGAAAUGUAUUACAGAUUUGUGACAACAAAAAGGGACAAUCACUGCGGGAAAAUGCACAAUACCUGGAUCAUUCCUACAGGACUUCUUCACAACUAAAACAUGUUAGAGAAUGCACAAUAAAUUGAUUUGAACACCCA